AUGAAAAAGAAACGUUCUAAUAGCAGAGAAAAUAUUUUAACAUGGCAUGUGAAUAAUCAGGAAGAAAGCAACGGAGGAGAGGCUUCAAGUGUGAUGCCAUCAGGAAAAAAGCACAGCAACAGAGAAAAAAAGAAUACUUUUCUGUUAAAUAAAAUAUUCAUCCUUUCCGCAUUGGUGUGGACGUAUCAAUUUUUUAAUGAGGACUCGUUUGAACAAUGCGGCCACAAGAUAAAACCCAGCGGCGGUAGUAGCGGCAUAACUGAUUUAAGGACCAACAGAUCACUGUAUGAAGAUACUCCAUUCCAAACAUUCAAUGAUGAUUUAAUAAAAGAAGAUGUAUCAAAAGAUAAUAUAAUAAAUGAAGACUUAAUGGAUAGUUCCUUAAUUAAUAAUGGCAUACUGAAUGAAAACUUAAAAAACAAUUUAAGUGAUGCAACCAAUGAGGAGGCUAACAGAGAAAAGGAGAAAAUUAAAUCCAUUUUGUAUUCCUAUAUGGAAAAAAUUGAUGCCAUGCAUGAAGAUAAAUUGUUUUAUAAAUUGUUUAGGAAAUGCCGAGAAGAAGAAAAUGAUGAAAAUCCUACGAGGUUUUUUUAG